AUGACAGAGGAGCAGAGAUUGCUAAGAAAUGACCGCAGGCGAAAUCAGUAUAGAGCUAGGCAGAAAAACGUUGAAUCCGAAGCAACGGAUGUGGAUACAUCCCAAAGUGAAAUUGCAACUCGAAGCAGCAUGAUGACCGAAGAACAACGAGUUGCUGAAAGAGAAAGGUGCCGUGUUCGCAAUAUAAAUCAUCGAGAAAGCAUCACAGAUGAGGAGAGAUUGCUGCAAAAUGAGCGUAGGCGAAACCAGUAUAGAGCGCGGCAGCAGAAUGUUGAUUACGAAACAACAGAUGUGAAUACAUCCCAAAGACGUUUUCCUGCUCGAAGUAACAGCGUGACUGAAGAACAAAGAGCUGCUGAAAGAGAAAGGUGUCGCGUUCGCAAUAUGAAUCGUCGGCAAAGCAUGACACAUGAAGAGAGAUUGCUACAAAAUGAGCAUAGGCGAAACCAGUACAGAGCGAGGCAGCUAAAUAUGGAAAUCAGAAAUCUUCCUUCAUCAUCAACUAGCAACAAUGAAACAACCUUAUUUAUUCCUCGCCGAAGCCCAAGAUUUAUUGGUUGCGGAAGCACUACAGAAUCAACAUCCAUUCCUCGCCGAUGCCCAAGAUUUAUUGGUUGCAGAAGCACUACAGAAUCAUUGGAUCAAGGUCAAUCACGGGAUCCUCAAACUACUAUUAUGAAAAACAGUAGGAAAAAACAAUUGUGGCGUGCUCAACACAAAUCAAUACAAGAGAAAAUGACUGAACAACAAAAACAUGCGUUCGAUGAAAGGCAGCGUAUUGCUUAUCAAAACCGAAAGACACGAAUUAACGAAGCCAGUGCAAGUUCAAGUGCAGAAGUUACAAGACUAUUAGGUUGUGUCUCGAGAGUAGUAAUGAAUACCAGCGAAGGGUAUAUGGAAUUGGGCCAUCAACACAGAGCUCCCAUACAUACAACAUUUAAUGAUAUGCUCGAGUUUGAUGAGCAAAUCAACAACCCAGAAGACGACGAUUGUAAUGAGAGUCACCAAGAGGAUGUGCAUGAAGUUGAACUACCCGAUUUGCCUGAAUCUCCAGAACUAUUGCAAUUGUAUACUGUACAAUCAAAACUUGGAGCUCAUUUCAGGAAGAAUAUUCGUUUUUUCAACCAUGUUUUUGCCUUCACAUCCAUCGGGAUUUCUCAAGGUACUGACUUCCAAGAUGUUCGUCUUCACAUAAAGGAGCAAACAACAUUUCUUCGGACGUAUAACAUGCCAACAUCACCACAAGUAGCAGCUGUCUUAGUUGGAGGAGAAGAACCGAGUGAAGUGCUUCCUCGAGACAUAAUUGUUGAAACAAAUUCUGGGAAAUUGCUGAAUGUUCCCGACACAGCAUGUUUCUAUGAUCCAUUACAAUAUCCGUUACUGCAUCCCUAUGGAAGUUUUGGAUGGGAUUUAACGAUUUUCGGUGAUAAUGCUAAAAGGAUAAGCUGUCGAGCAUACUAUGCGUAUAUGCUACAGAUUCGAGAAAACCAGCAGUCCAUUCUGUUACAUGGUGGGAAACUACUACAACAGUACGUGGUCGACAAUUAUGUGAAGAUUUCCACAAUGCAGUUGAGAUGGGUUCGAGAUAACCAGCGAACAUUCCGAGUUGAUUGGUACUCAGGCGUUCUUGAUUCCUUGGAUGCAAAUACAGAUGAUAUUGGGCAGCGGGUUAUUAUACCUCCUUCUUACACGGGAAGCCCACGUGAUAUGCAUCAAAGGUAUCAUGACGUUAUGGCAUUGGUUCAGAAGUAUGGCAAGCCUGAUUUGUUUAUAACCAUGACGUGUAAUCCUAAUUGGGAGGAGAUCCAGAGAAAUCUAAAACCAGGGCAACAGGCACAGGCCAGAUCUGACGACGAGGGUGUUUCAUUCUAA